AUGCCGCGAAAGCUCACAAACCCUUUCUCGACCAGCAGUAUGCCACAGUCAGAAAGGGCUGGGGAGCGACGAGCCUCACACUCCAAGGGCAACCGCCUCGUUGGUUUCUUCUCGUCCAAGGCUAAGGAGCAAUCGCAUUCUCAACAGCAGUCGUCUGUCUCGUCGCCCUCGGCCAUGUCGCUGCCCACCAUCUCCCUCUCGGCCGCCGCUGCCGGAGAGCAGCACCUCGACGAGCCCCCGACCACUCUGUUCGAGCCUCCUUCGGCCGACGAGGCCCGCAAGGAAGAGCGCGCCGCGUCCCAGUUUGGCCCCCUGCUUCAUCCGACUCACCGACACGUCAGCCAGAGCUUCGGCCAACCGCUCGAGACCCCGAUCGAGGAUGAGCCUCCCUAUUACUUUGUCCUUACCACCUAUCUCAGCUACCUAAUCCUAAUCUUCUGCGGCCAUAUUCGCGACUUCUUCGGCAAGCGCUUCGGCAACAAGAAGCACUACCAGACCCUCAAGGCCCAGAACGGAUAUGCGCCUCUUAAUGAUGACUUUGACAACUUCUACGUCCGGAGACUGAAGCUCCGCCUGGACGACUGCUUCGCCAGACCUACUACCGGUGUUCCUGGCCGCUUCAUCACCCUCAUGGAUCGCAAGUCGGACGACUUCAACCGCACCUACAAGUUCACUGGCACCUACACUCAGACCCUCAACAUGAGCUCCUACAACUACCUCGGUUUCGCCCAGUCCGACGGCCCCUGCGCCGACGCGGUGGAGGAAUGUGUGCGCAAGUAUGGCCUUAGCUCUGCCAGCCCCCGUGCUGAUUCUGGUACCAACGAUCUUGCCGUCGAGGUGGAGCGCGAGGUGGCCCAGUUUGUUGGCAAGCCUGCCGCCAUGGUCUUCUCUAUGGGUUUCGUCACCAACGCCGGCUCUUUCCCUGCUCUGGUGUCCAAGGGCUGCCUGAUCCUCUCUGACGAGCUCAACCACGCCUCGAUUCGCAUUGGUGCCCGUCUCUCUGGCGCUGUUAUUCGCUCGUUCAAGCACAACGACAUCGGCGAUCUCGAGGCCAAGCUUCGCGAGGCUAUUUCUCAGGGCCAGCCCCGCACUCACCGCCCCUGGAAGAAGAUUCUCGUUGCUGUUGAGGGUCUGUACUCGAUGGAGGGUACCAUGGUGGAUCUCCCCGGUGUUUUGGCUCUCAAGAAGAAGUACAAGUUCUUCCUAUAUGUCGACGAGGCUCACAGCAUCGGUGCCCUCGGCCCGCGCGGCCGCGGUGUUUGCGACUACUUCGGUGUGGAUCCGGCCGAGAUUGAUAUCCUCAUGGGUACUUUGACCAAGUCCUUCGGCGCCAACGGUGGUUAUGUUGCUGCCGAGAAGCACAUCAUCGACAAGCUCAGAAGCACAAACGCCGCCACUCUCCUCGGCGAAUCCCCUGCUCCCUCUGUUCUCAUGCAAAUCCUGGCUUCCCUCCGUAUCAUCACCGGCGAACUUGCACCUGGUCAGGGUGAAGAGCGUCUCCAGCGCAUUGCCUUCAACUCUCGCUACCUUCGUCUUGGGUUGAAGCGUCUCGGCUACAUCGUCUACGGCCACGACGACUCGCCCAUCAUUCCCAUCAUGCUUUACCACCCCGCCAAGAUCGCCGCUUUCAGUCACGAGAUGCUCAAGCGCAAGAUCUCGGUCGUCGUUGUUGGCUACCCCGCCACUCCUCUCAUCAGCUCCCGCGCCCGUUUCUGCGUCUCUUCGGCUCACAACAAGGAGGAUCUGGACCGUGUUCUUGCUGCUUGCGACGAGGUUGGCGACAUUAUCCAGAUCAAGUACUCCACCGGUUUGGCUGGCGGUGCUGAGCCUCUGCCGGAAGGUGUCACCCCAGAGAUGGAGAAGGAGUGGCGCAAGGCCAACGGUCUGGAAGGUGUCAUCAAGCCCCCAAGGUGGAAGCUCGAGGACGUGCUGGCGCGCGGUGUACAAGAUGCCAAGGUACCCUUGAGAUAA